CCACUUCUCAUUAUUGCCACAUGUUUCUGAUUUCAGUUUUCUAUUUAAAGACCUAGAAACAUAUAUACAACAUUAGAUACUAAGUUAUCAGAAAAUGAAGAACAUUUCAUUGAUGUUCAUCGCCUUGGUUGUACUCUUGACAUCAUUCCCCACUCCAACGCUCUCUUAUUGCAAAGAGUCACUUCAUUUAUGCAUGCAACAUUUGAAGUUGAACGAUAGACCCACGUGGUUGAAGUGUUGUGAUAGACUAAUAAUACCAGGACCAUGUAUGUGUAAGUAUAUUAAAGAUCCUGUACAAUGGAAAGAAGCUUAUCGUCUUAUGGCUUCUUGUGGAAAGACUGUUCCUCUAAAUCAAAGUCUCAAGUCCUAUUUCAAGUGUGGCUAAAAAUAGUCAACCAACAAAAGCAAUAAGCGGUCGUCAAGCCGAACCGGAGAUACUUAAUAAGAUUAGUUAAUCAAGUCUUUCCUUGUCUUUUUUUAAUCGUAUAAGUUGUUGCUCUAAUUGGCCUUCAUUAUAUUUAUGAACCAUCUCUCCCACAUUCCACGUUUUUCUUGCUUUUUGGAAUUACUAUUUCACUCUUUCAAAUUCGAUACUUUGUACUUGCUUUUAUUUAAAGAAAUAAAAAAGUAGUCUACUUCUAUUUAAAG